AUGGAAGCCCAGCAGCCUACCGCCAAUGAUGGCAUCAGUGGGCCCUCCAUUCAUGAGGACAACACAGGAAACCACGUGUUUGACGAUGUCAGUUUGAUAUGCCCUCAGGACCCAAGACGCAUGGAGCUUACUCCGCUGGAACUGGUACAAUCGCUGGAAAUCAAGGCUGCCAUUCAUCUUUCUCCCGAAAUGGAUCAAAUCAAGGACUUUGACUGCGCCCAACUUGCCAUUGUGGACGGGGAUAACCGGGCAAAGGCUCUGGAACGGGUGCAACACUUUCAAAUCUUUCGGGAGGAAUACGAGUUGAAGGAUACCUUGGAAGAAG